AGUGCACUUAGAGUUCAUGUACUUUAGAAAUCUAAAUUUGAAUUUCGUAAUGGUGGGGAAUCUAAAUGUGGCAGUGGCAGUUAGACCGGCCCAAGUUCCACAUCCGUUUCAAUAUUUCUGUGCUCGCUUGCUUCUAAAAGCUCUGACGAUCCUGAAGAUCUUUGCGAUUCCAUAACGAAGAAUGAAAUAGCAGUCGAAGCAAUUUCCGAACGACUUUACGAAAUUACUGCGCUAGCAGAAGAACUCGACUCUACCUUACAAAGCGCUCAGCAGGACUGUUUAGUUUUCACUUCCAUAUCUACUUCGACAUCGUCUCUGAGUGGCCACAUCUCGCCUGAGACGCUGCGAAAGGAGAUGGAGAACCCACCAACAAAUUUAUCAGAGAAAUCGCUUAGACCAGAAGAGCUUAAAUCCGACGAAGAAUUUUUAACAGCAUCUGACUGCACUCUGCAACAUUCUCGUUCUUCCUCCUACAACACCGCCUCAGAAUGUGAAAAUCGCUACUCUCCCUGGUGGGAACAUGGCAAAGAAGACUUUGGCAAAGACGUAACCAAGCAAAAAAUGGUUUUAGCAGUUGGACUUCCCGAACUUCCUUUAGCCAAAGAUGUUUUAAAACCUUCGCCUGAGGCCCCUCCCGGUAAAAUCGUCAGAGAAGUGAUCGAAACCACUCAUCUUAAAGUCCAACAAAGCCACACCCUGGGAGUUUCUUCUUUCGUCUUAAGUUCCGAAACCGUUGGCGAAAAUAAAGGAGACAACGAUAUAAGGAGAGAAGAAAUCAUUAAAGUUACAGACGUAGAUGGUAAAGAAACUAUAAUACCGGUUCAGAUACAAGGAGAUUUGAAGAUAGACGAGGAAGAAUUAGAAAGAAGAUUGAAGGAGUGCGGAGACUGGAUUAGCUUGAAGAUAUUAGAAAUUACACCAGAACUGACUACACUAGGUAAUACUUUAGCAGAGGCACUGGAAUUGCAGAAAGCACACGAUGAAGUUUUACGACAAUUACAGAAUAAACAAAGUCCAGUGGAGGAACUCCUUCGACAAGCCGAUCAACUUAUUGCAACUCAACGACCAAGAGCGGAAGUCUACGCAGCUAUGGCUGAAUCCCUCGGCAGAGCCUGGAAGGACAUCAACUCCACUCUGGAACUCCGAAAACACAUCCUAGACUUAAACGUCCUCUACCAUAGGAGAGCGCAAGACUUUUUCGAAAAAAUGGAUCAAUUAGAAGCUUCCUGCAAGGAAACCGUCAUACCGGUAGAGAUAGAAGCAGUAAAGGACUUCCUGACGACCAUACACGAGCAAAGAAGGGCGCUCCUGGAGUCACUAAUGGGGGCGCUGCAGGCGGGAAAUUCUUUACUGGCGAAACUCAAGGAACUUGGAGCCGAAGGCACACUCGACUCGAGACCAGAUCGAAUUCGAACUUCAGUUAACAGAGCCAUAUCACAAGUACAAGGAUGGUUAGAUGAAUUACAUCUGAAGCGGCAAGUUCUAGAAGGGACUUUUAACAGAAGAAAGACUCAGUUAGAACAGUGUUUGGCUUUGGCUAUAUUAGCAGCUGAUUUAAGAGAACUAGAGGAUGCAGUUCAUAAAAAGAGAGAUCUGUUGGCCAAUAGUAAUCAACUUGGAGAUUCAUCAUCUAGUGCGGAACUGCUCCUCCACGAAAACAAAAAAUUGCUUCCAGAUGCUCAGCAACUUCAAGAAAGAGCCUUGAAGAUAACCAAAGCAACAGAACAAUUAGUAGCGUCAGGAUGUUUUGCUGGAGAACAAGCAACGCAGCAAUCAUACGCUAUUCUUUCAGCAACAUCUGAUUAUUUGGCCGAUCUCCAACAUCGAGAAACUCUAUUGGAAAGAGUGAUUGCGUUCUUUAGAUCAGCUCAAACUGUACUAACGAAACUUAAUCAACUAGAAAUUCAACUAACUGCUACGGAACUGCCUAAAACGUCUCCUCAGCUUGCUCAGCUACACUCGCAGUGUUCUAAAGCCAUUGAAGAAGCUACUUCUGCCCCAAUUACUGAAGGAUACUCAAUAUUAGAUUUUGCUGGUCGAGGAACAUCAGGUACAGAAGGAGUGAAACACAUGGUAGAAGAAUUAGAAAAUAAGAAGAUCGUCCUAGACGGAUUGUGUACGGCGCACAAAGAAGAAAACAUUAGAAUUAAUACGGCAUUAAAUAACUUCUUGGAAAAGCACAACGAGAUAUAUAGCUGGUUGGUGACAAUCGCAGAGGCGUUCCUUCAAGGCCACAGAGAUAUGGGCAGCGAUUUUCCUAUGGCUAAAGAUUUUUACGAAUUGCAUAAUCAAUUGCUUACUGAUUUGCAGACGAAAGGAAACGAAAUUAACACACUACUACUAACACUACCGCCAAUCUUAGAAUACUUAGAAGAUAACCAAAGAAAAGACGUAGAUGUAAAAGUAGAGCAGCUUCACGAGCGUUGGAUGAAGUUAAAGAACAUCCUAGAAAAUCGUAUGGAACUUUCCAGGAUAUACGUGAAGUUCCAUAUGGAAGCUGACAUUGUAAAUAAAGAGAUGGACAAAUUGGACAACCAACUAGCUCAAAAUAGAGACAACAUUGACGAAGAAACGAUGAGACGUUUAGAAGAUAAAUUUGAAUCUCUUAUUCCUCUGUACCAGUGUGCGAAAAAUACUGGUAUUACCUUUAACGAUCAAACGAAAAUUAUAUCCGAACCUCACCUCGACACCAAGCGGGCUUGUCUGUGCGUGGAGUCCGUUCUUGAAAGACUGUCAGGAAGGCAGUUAGUCGUAACGAGAAACUGGCAGACCUUCCACACGGAGGUGGUGGAGAAACGCGAACUCCUGGUGCGCCUUGAAUUGACCAUGGAGGAGAGCACCAAGAUUAUCAGCUGGGUGACCAAGUUAGAAAACCAACUCUAUCCUGUGAUAACAACUAACGCAACCAAACCUAAAGACGUAGCCGACCACAUUGAAAACAAACUCUCCUCAGUGUUACCCGAAAUCAGAAGGGCCCAAGCGGAAGUAAAUCAAAAACUAAAAGAAACCGAAAAACUUGUGCAGCAAACUUCCGAAGAAAGCAGCGCAGUUACUCACGUUCAGAGCAGGCUUCAAGAUCUCAACCAGAAGCUCCAGGAUGCUGCGUCCGAUUAUCAAGUACUUUCUCAAGUGCUCAUAGGAUAUUUCAGGAAUUUAGAAGAAAUUGAUAAGAAAGCUGAACUAUAUAAUGCUGAAAUAGAGAAAACUGGUUAUCCGAAGGAUGUAUCAUCAAUUGACAGGAUAUUACAGGAACAUGAAGCGCAUAAGCAAACCAUUGGAGAGAGGUUGAGAUUUGCGCAAGCAGAAUGCGAUCAAAUAAGUGAAAGGAUAAGAAAACAGGAACCUACAGAUGCAGCUGAUCAAGAUGUCAGCAAACUACAACACGUUUUAGAACUCCAUAGAGCAGAAUUUGAAAAUCAAUGGAGACAAAGACAAGAUUCCUUAUUGUCCCAUCGUCAAAUUUCUGCUUUCGAUAAUGACCUUAGAAACAUUAACGAAAAUAUUGAUGAUCUUGGCAAACAAAUCAAGCACAUCAAGAGCCAAUAUGGGGAAUCUGUUUCUAGCGCUAAAGCCACUUCACAAGCAUUUGGAGAAUUGGAAGAGACUGUUAAGGCCAUGGAGGAAAGAAUACAAUCAUUCGUCCAAUCCAGUGAAAAACUUAUAGCUGAGAAUCACAGUCAAUCACCCCACGUACAAAAUGAAAUCGCUGCUUUACAAGAUAGGUGGAACAAUUUGAAAAAUCAAGUUAAAACGACAAGAAGCUUGAUCGAUACAAGCGUUCAUUACUUCCAGAUGGUUGAAGAGGCUGAUGAAUGGUUCAGAGAAGGAAGCAAACUCUUAGUAAGCAUAGCUAGAAAAUCUACUUCAGUAAAGAAACCCGAAGAAGCUGAACAGUUACUAAAAGAAAUGUCCAGCUUUUUAACUCCAGGUGAAGAAAAGCAAAACGAAAAAAUCGAAAAAAUUUCUGAAAUAGCUGCUAGGCUGUAUGGUCCUGAUGAAUCAAAAUAUGCUCCCGUCCUCCGUGGCAAUAAGGAAAUGAUUGAAUCAUUUUCUUCAAUCACAAGAGAAUUGAAAACCCUGGCAGCCAAUUUAAGAGCUUCAGAAGAAGAACGGCAACGUUUAGAAAGAGAACGAGAAGAAGCUAAACGAGCAGAGGAAGUAAGAAAACUAGAAGAAGAAAAAUUAAAAGAAGAACAACGGUUAGCAGACGAAGCAAAGAAAGCGGAAGAAGCUAGGCUAACUCAAGAACGAAGAAAAGCAGAAGAAGCAAGACUAGCAGAGGAAGCUCGCUUGGCCAAAGAGAAAAUACAAGCUGAAGAACUAAGACUAGCAGCAGAAAAACAAAAACUUGAAGAAGCUAAACAAGCCGAGGCAGCACGUUUGGCUGAAGAAAAGAAAAAGGCGGAAGAAGCUAAACUUGCAGAAGAAGCAAGGCUAGCUGAGGAAAGGAGAAAAUUAGAAGAAGAAAAACGUAAGUUAGAAGAAGCAAAACUAGCAGAUGUUGCCAGAAAAGCCGAAGAAGCUAGGUUAGCUGAAGAAAAACGAAAAUUAGAAGAAGCUGAAGCUAAACGUAUAGAGGAGAAAGAAAGACAAAAGAAGUUAGAUGAAGAAAAAGAAAAAGCUGAAAAAGCUAAAGCCGAACACAAAAAGAAUUCUAUUGAAAUCACAGAAAUAACUGAUAUGCAAAAGAUUGAAGUUCAAAAAUCAUCUACUAGAGGAAUACCUUCGCCAAUACCAAUUGUAGAGGAUGCUAGUGAAGCGCCAGUUUUCACGUCUCCGUUAAGCGACGCAGUAAUUCAAGAAGGCAAUAAAUUUACUUUCAUGUGCCAAGUAACAGGACAUCCUACUCCGACGAUGACGUGGUACAAGGCAGGAAUAUCUAUUCAAAAUAAUCCUGAUUACCGAACAACUUAUGAAAACGGAUUAUGUUCAUUGACAAUUGAAGAAACCUUUGCCGAAGAUUCCGCAAGAUAUACUUGCAGGGCCAGCAAUGUAGCGGGAGAAGAUGAAACAUCAGCUGUUCUGUCAGUUAAAGAAAACGAACCAGAAGAAAUGCUGUUACCGCCUUCCUUUAUCAAGCCGCUACAACCAGCCAACGCCAAAGAAGGAUCGACAUUUCAGUUUGAGUGCCAAGUUGAAGGAAACCCUCUACCAACUGUUCAGUGGUACAAGAAUGGUGAUUGCAUUGAUAAUUCUCCUGACUACGGUAUCACUUAUAAUAAUGGAAAUGCAGUCUUGAAGUUUGAGAGCCUUAGUUUGGAAGAUAAAGCUGAAUAUUCUUGUAAAGCUUCCAACCAAAUGGGAACAGCGCAGAGUACUGCAAACCUUAUUGUUUCUCCAUUACAACCUGCUGAAGCGCCGCAAUUUAUAUCGCCUUUGUCAAAUGUAAUGGCCAGAGCGGGACAGAAAAUAAAAUUAGAAUGUGAAAUUUCUGGACUGCCCACUCCAAGUUUAACUUGGUCACACAACGGCAAGCCAGUUAAAGAAACACGCGAAAUUAAGCUCCAACACGAAGGUAACAGGGGAACGUUACUAGUGUUAGAAGCCUUUCCCAAAGAUGCUGGCACUUACUCUGUAAGUGCGAAGAAUAUCGCAGGUGAGGCAACUAGUUCUUGCAGUGUAUCCGUAAAAGGCCGUCUCCCUACAGAAACCUCAGAUUCAGAAAUAGCUAGCGACAUGGAACCUAUCAAACCAUCGAUUCAGCUCCCACUUUCCAACACAACUAGCAAAGAAGGUACCAGGGUACGUUUAGAUUGCGUGAUCGUUGGCCAGCCAGAACCCGAAGUUAUAUGGUAUCACGAUGAAAGGCCGGUAAAAGAGUCACACGAUUUUCAACUACUAUUCCAAGGUGACAGGUGCUCCUUAAUAAUCCAGGAAGUAAUGCCCGAAGACGGUGGCGAAUACAAGGUCGUUGCCCUAAAUUCAGCUGGUGAGGCAUCUAGCAGAUGUAUAUUAAGUGUUACUCCAAUUACGGAAUCAGACACCGAAAGUAAGCCAAAAGAAGAAAAAACCGAACAAACUGGAACAGCGCCAAAAUUCUCAAAACUUUUAACAGACGUUUUAGUUUCGGAAGGGGACAAAGUUAUUUUAGAAGGAAACGUAGUCGGGGAGCCGAGACCGGAGAUUAAGUGGCUGCUUAAUAAUUUACCAAUAACCGACACAAACCACUUUGUUGUUACAUAUAACGAUGAUGGAAAUGUUAAACUGGAAAUCGGAAACGUCAAACCUGAAGACAAAGGCGUGUACACAGUUAAAGCAACAAAUUCACUGGGAGAAGCCAAGUGUUUCGCACAGUUAAUUGUUAAAUCCUUCAAACCAACCGAAACAGUCCAACAUGAAGAAGUUAAACAAGCACCCGAGUUUAAAGAAGGCUUUAGAGAUCGAACUGUUUUUGAAGAAACACCGACAAAAUUCGAGUGCAUCGUCAUGGGCAAACCAACGCCCAAAAUAAAAUGGCUAUUCAACGAUGAACCUAUAUCAGGAAAAGACUUUUUAAUAUCUACAUCUGGCGAUCGCCAAGUUUUAUCCAUUCCAAAUGUCAAAAAAGAUCAUUCCGGUACAAUAACUUGCAUUGCUGAAAACGAAGCUGGCAAAGCAAGUUGUUCAGCGCAACUAAUGGUUGAAUCAUCUAGUUCUAUCGCUCUACAAGACAACGAACUCCAACUCCAACCUCACCUUCCAUUAACGACUGAGAAAACUCAGCAUCUUGAAAGCUCUUAUAAAUCCAGUAGAGAAGUAGUUACUCAAUCACAAACGUCACAUACUAGUAAAGUAAUAUCGUCUACUACGGGUAUGGCUCAACCUCAUGUUGAAGAACAUAGGAUAACCUCAGAAAAUGCUCAAACGUUUAAGCAACUUAACCAAGGCGCUCCAGAAAUCAAGGAGAGCCAUAGGAUUGAAGAAUAUCACAAGGUAGGUGAUAAUGCUCCUGUGAUCCAUGAAAAGUCUUCCUCAACAUAUACAGUCAAUUCCCAACAAGCUGACAAACAAAUCAUGUCAUCUCAAGAAAUUGUUCAAAAGCCAUCGCGAAUUAGACCUCCUAAGUUCGUUAGUCCUAUUGUUGGCAAGAUAGUUGAUCAAUACGUUGAUGUGAUACUAGAAGGAAUAUUAGACGGUCAACCCAGUCCCCAAAUUAAAUGGACUAAAAAUGGCGAAGAGAUUAAAGAAGAUAAGAGAACAACGUUGAAAUGGGAAUUAAAUCGAACUGCUUUAGAAAUAAAAAGUGUUAAAGUUCAAGAUGCUGGAAGAUAUUCAUGUACAGCUGUAAACGAAGGUGGUACCGCUGUAAGCACUGCGGAUUUAGUUGUUAGAAAAACGAUCUUCCCUCCUGUAUUCGGCCGUCGCCUGCAAGCCCAAGUUAUAAAAAAAGGAGAUCGCAUAAUCAUGGACGUUGAAAUUACUGGAACACCAGAACCAACUGUAACUUGGUAUAAAGAUGGGAAUCUGAUAGAUAACCGUAUGAAGAAUAUUUAUAGAAUUAAAUCCUUAGGACAAGGCCACACUUUGACCAUAGACAAAGCUGAGAUAAAUCAUUCUGGCCGCUACAUGGUACGAGCUACCAACGCUGGUGGAGAAGCGCAAAGUAUAGCUGAUAUUGCAGUUAUUGAACCAGCGCCCGACAGUAUGGUAGAGGUUGUAAAGUCAGUUGUCUUCGAAGACGUGAGAAAACACGAAACACUGACUUCAGCUGCCGACAAGAUUUCUUCUGUUACUGAACCAAAAGCAGUUGUACCAGUCACACAGAUCGUAACUCCUUCUCAUAUAGUUUCAAGCGAAUUGUCUCAGAGCGUAACUUCUAAGUCAGAAAUAACAUCAACCAAAGAAGAAUCAUUGUCUGAAGAAAAACGUGUUAUCAAGCUUGAACACAAAAUGCCAGAUAUCCCUAUGCCGAAACCAAUCGUUCCAAAAAGUGAUUUAGAAAAACAAACCGAUUUUGAGAUUAUUAAACCUUCUGAUUUACAAACAGAAAUAUACGAAGAAAAGAAAGUUGAUGUCCAAGAAGGUAUUGAGACAAGUUCAAUUUCAAAACAGUCAUCUCUUCAAUACUUCGUUAAAAAAAUUAAAGAAGGUGAUGCUCCUGUACAGAAAGAAAUUACAAUUCCAGAAACAAUUAAGCCAGUUAUAUACGAGAAAUUUGAACAGAAAGUUCCACCACCACUUCCUCCUAAACCUGAGCCAUUGAUACAAGAAUAUCAUUCUUUUAAGUCCUCUCAGUCAGUUAUACCACCUCAAGAACAUUUCCAGUCAUUUUCUACAACUCAAAUUACACAAGAUUUUCAAUUACAACCUGAACCACCAGCAGAAAUUUGUUACGCCCCACAGCCGCCACCGUCAUACAAGAAACACGAAGAUGUUUCUCAAAGGAUCAAAAGAAUUUCUGAAAGCCAAAAAGAGUUAUCGCCCCAUGAAGUACCAACUGGAGCAAUAAAAAUAUUCCCAUCAGCUCAGAAAACUGUUAGUGAACAAAAAACUGAACAGUCUUAUCAGUCUUCGUUCCAAACAUCCUCUUCAUCUUACAGUCGUACUUUUGAAAGUAGCUCUACAAAAACACCAACUGAAUUUGAGAGACCAAAAUCUACAACUUCUAGUUAUUCAGUAGAUAGACAGUUAAUCGGUAGACCACUUUCAGCUCAGGGCGAACCUUCUCAAGAGGGAUUAAUUAUGGAAAAACAGUGGGCCCACAAAUUUUCUGAGAUCCAACAAGAUAAAUCUUGGCCACCGCAGCAGCAGGAAGAGCCUAAAUAUCAACCUACUUGGUCUGUCCAAAGUACAUUAGAAAAAAAAUGGACCCCAGUAGUUUCAAAACCUGAAAUUCCAAAACAACACUACAUUGCAGAAGUUAGUAACUUAGAAAGUGUCAUCGAUCAUCACAAAGACUCAUCUUUCUCCCAAAGCAAAUCGGAGUAUAUAAUUGAAGAAAGGAACGCAAAGCCAUCUGAAAUUAUUAAAUCGUGGCCUCCACCACCUCUUGAGACUAAACCAUAUACCUCGAUAGAUACAUUGCCUAUUAGACCAGUUUCUGUUCAGGAUAUAACCGAUGAGGUAUAUUUGGAACCUGGCCCUCCACCUGAGAUUGCUUAUGCUCCCUCUUAUCAGCCCAAAUCCCCCCAACCAAAAGAAUGGGUUGCUCCACCACCAAAAGAAUUGCCAAGGGAAUGGGUAACACCACCUCAACCGAAACAAUGGGUACCUUCACCUUCAAAAGAAUAUGUAGCACCGCCACCCUUGCCUCCAAAACAGGUAAUACCUCAAGCUCCUCCCAUACCUGCGAAAUCUCUUAAGCAUGCUGAGCCGCCAAAGAAAAUCUUGCUUUCUGAAUUUACACCUUUUGAAAAAUUCCCUGACUUAGAGCCAUUCCCUUUCAAACCCCACCCUCAAAGGCCUAAACCUCCAAAGACGGGACCUCCGCCUACUCCUUCCAGGUUCAUAAAGGGUAAAUUCACCGACAGCGAUUACGAGAGCGAUUUCGAAAAUGUUAGGAUUGCGCCGAAAUGGAGACCAAGCAUGAGCGAUACAGAAGAACCGUCUUAUAGAAGAGUUUUAGCUCCAAAAACCGUUCGCUUUGCUAGAUCCCGAUCUCAAGAGCAUGAAGUUUUACCUCCCUCUAAGUUUGAUUGCCCUCCCCAAUUUGACGGCCCUCCUCGACCGGAGAUAAACUUCCAAGAGUUUCAGAAAUCCAAAGAAAUUAAGAAACUGACCAAGCAUGCUAGAGACAUGAAGAGAUCAGCAAUACAAGCUCCUGCAACGCCCGUUUAUGUCCCGCCGAAAAAACCUGAUUCGCCACCAAAAUUUAAACAGAGAACUGUCAUUGACGGUUACAUGGCUGAUACGGAAUAUAGUAAAGAAGAGUAUAAAAAGUUUUCAAAAACUAGUGAAUAUACGGAAAGUCAAAAAGUUAUUACAACGAAACCACGUGUAUGUAAAUUUCCCGAUAAGAAGACCCAGACUGAGCAGAAGGAACUGGUAACAACACCCAUAGUUACAAACCGUAUAUCUCAAAAAUUCUACGAGCAACAAGAUAAACACGUCAAACUGGAUUCUUUCCCCUUCAAACCUGACCAACGCCCAAUUCAACAGAAAAUGAAAGUUCCACCUCCACCGAGUCCAUCGAAAUUCGCUAAAGGUGAGUUUCGAGAAAGCGACUUCGAGAGCGACUACGAGGGAAGAAUUCCCCCAGUAUGGGGAGCCAACAGGGAAUCUUCGUACAAACCCGUCCAUCCUAUAUUAACACCAACUAAACAGCAUGGUUACCAAUACGGAAGAACCCCAACACCCCCGACUGAAUUUGAACGUCCUCCCCAAGAUUUCGGUUCAUCUAGACCCAAAUUUGAACCAAUUAAGCCCGAAGUGAAACCCGUCCAGAAGAAUGUUGUGUAUAAACCCAAACCCAUAUCUGGUGAUUUAAUUUUGAAACCUGGUAGUCCCCCUGAAAUUGUUUAUGCUCCUGGACCAAAGAAGACUCAGUAUUACAGAUCUACAGUGAGCGCUCCUUACACCAAUGCAGUCCAACAUGAAACAUCUAAUGUAGUUCACUUUAAUGAGUCUUCAGAAAACUGCCAUCGUACAAUGAGCAUGCAGCAAACGCAUAAAGUUAUAAAAUUCGGUGAUAAAUACAGAAAGGAAGCUAAACUAGAACCGUUCCCUUAUCAACCUGAACAUGGACAACCUAGAAGAUCUACAAGUGUACCUCCACCUCCAACUCCUAGUAAAUUUAUACCAGGAGAUUUUAGAGAGAGCGAUUAUGAAAGUGAAGUAGAAAAUACUAGGAUCAAAGCAAAGUGGUCGCCUCGCGGAGGUGAUGAUGGUCUUCAAUAUAGAAAGGUGAAAGCUCCAACGCCUAGUAGAUCAUCCAGUGUACCAGCACCUAGGGACCGAGUACUGACACCAAUGGAAUUCGAUUCGUCUCCAGUAACAACAAUACAAAGAGAUUACGUUGAUGGUGAUAGCAGAAGACAUCAGUCAAUCUACAGACAGUUUACUGAAAAUAAAAGUAACCAAUUAGUCAAACGAAGCCACUCUUAUGAGCCCGCUAUUCAACCUGGUAGUCCACCUGAAUACGGAUACACCGGUGAUAAUAGAAUAUUAAAAUCUACAGCUACUAAAAUAGCUUCUGAUCAUAUGGACAGCAUGACACAUGCUUUUAAAUCUAAGACGCAAAGAUUUGUAACUGAUCUUAUGAGCGACGUUGGCAAGAAGCAAGCUUUAAAACCAGCCUUAAAGAAUGGAUCUGAUGGAGAUGCGCAGGUAUAUAGGGAGGAAUCAAGAGCUGCCCAAUAUGGAACGAAGCAUGUAGAUCCGGACACUGGUUUGAUAUACUUCAAAUACGAUUUUGGUUACGAAUUUGGCAUAAUUCUCCCUGGCGAGGGUAAGCACGUGGGAGAAGUACCAGUGCCAAAGAAAACCAUCAUCGAACCACCAAAACGAACGAAGGAUAUUGAACUACCUGUUUAUCAUGAAAAAUCAACCGCCCCCGAUACUAAUAACCAUCACCCUUCUCCUCAAUUUAAACCAAAAAAAUUCGUACCGGCUGGUAAAACCAAUAAGUGGGAUCCGACCUCUGAGAGCGAGAUGUCCGAUUACGAGGGAAAUACGAAAGUUAACAACCAUUUGUUACAAGGUUCGAGAUGGGAGCCUUCUUCAUGUAGUCCUGCAUCUCUGUCGCCUAGUUUACCUAGCACGUCUCCAGCUUUUAAUAAUACUUUUGCAGCUCCAGGAAGGCAGACGCCUCCAAGUUGUCCCAGCACUCCUGGAAGUACCUACAAGAAUGUUGUAAAUCCAGCACAAGCCCGUGCACCGAUGUUUAUAACGCCUCUGCGUGAUAUCGCUGUAGUAAGUGGACAAGCUGCAAAAUUCGAAUGUAUUGUCCAAUCAGAACCGCAGCCCAACGUUCUUUGGUCUAAAAAUGGUCGGAUUAUUGACAACUCACGUGAUUACCAAUUGCACUACAGAAAUGGAGUCUGCAGAUUAACGAUUUCACAAGCUUAUCCUGAGGACGCAGGGAUAUACACUUGUACUGCAACAAACCCAAUAGGUUCUGCAAAUACGUCGGCAACAUUGGAGGUACCAGGUGAGCGCAGAUCCCAGUAUAUAAAGUAAAAAAUGGUGGUGGUAUAACACAGUAGAACUUUACACUGCCAGGAGCAGUCCGAUAUACACUAGUCAAAGUGCCUUAAACUAUGCCAAAUAAAUUUAAUCUAUUAAUUAUCUUUUUUUUUUUUUUUUCUAAAUAUGCUUGUGUUGUGCACAAAACUGUAUUUAUAUACUUAAGUUGUAUAUUGUCGAUAUUGUUUUUUUUUUUCUCGAUAUAAAAUAUUAAAAUGAGUUUUCUGGUCAUAUAAAUACUGGUGUAUUGUUAGUAGUAUUUAAUGAAAAAUAUAUAUAUUUAUAUUUGUUACCUUUACUAUAAUUUAUUUAUUUAUUGUGUCUGUUACUUUGAUUAUUAAAGCUUUUCCGCAUUUAA